CCCCGGCGGGAUUCGAACCCGCGACCUCUGGAUUAGAAGUCCAGCGCGCUAUCCGCUGCGCUACGGGGACUUCCUGUUUUGUAUAAGAUAUACAUUUAACAGUUAAGUUGUGACAUGUUUUGUACACCGACCUUGAACUUACGACUCGACCGGAACUGCAAACAGCUGCACUCAAUCUCGAUCGAUGUCUGAAUAAUACUUUGUAGGCCUGCUCGAUUGUCUCGCGAAUUAUGGUUGAUCGAGAUUCAUUACCGCCAGGCUGGGAAGCCAGAUGGGACUCGAAUCAAAAUGCAUACUUUUUUAUCGACCACAACACCCGCCAAACGAGCUGGAUAGACCCGCGGCUGAAUCCUCAGAGGAAAGAAUACAACAAUCGUUACCAUGGCACCCAGCAAGCAGGACAGUGACCUACUUCCAGAACAUCAGCGAUAGUCUAACAGGUGGUACCCAAACCAGUCACUGACCAGUCUAAUGCCAAGUUGGAUGCUUCGGUGAAUGCACUAGUGAAAGCCUUCCCAAAGGCCAGUAAAGAAGUGGUCAGGGCAGUUCUAACAAGUUGUCAGAACAACCAUACAAGAUCCAAACAAACUUUGGUAUCCAUGGGAUUCAAUGAGGUGACUUCCGUAGGUGAUGGAAGAGGUGCUGCAGAGGAACAACAGCGGCAAUCUUCACUACAAAAGGGUGGUGCUGCACAAGAACAACACUCGUUGAGCCCUUACCAACAACGGCAAGAUUCAUUGCAAAAGGGCGGUGCUGCACAAGAACAACAAUCAUUGAGCCCUUACCAACAACGGCAAGCUUCAUUGCAAAAGAGAGGUGCUGCACAGGAGCAACACUUGAGCUUUAUCCAACAGCGACAAGCUUCACUUAAAAAACAACAGGAUGUAACAUCUCGCAACCAACAUUCAAUUUCUUCCAACUAUCGGCCCCAAGACCAUCAAACUAAUGCUUCAGUCGCCACCCAGCACUCGUAUUCUCCCAACCAGCGAAAUGAUGAAGCUAACCACAGACACCACCGGCAUCAGCAACAGUCAAAUAAACAGCGAGAUGCACCAACUACAAAUCAUGAUAAACACUCUCUAACACACCAACAACAGGGAUCAAUUUUCAACCAACAACAUGGUACAUCAAAACAAUUUCAACGUGCACGUUCUCCCAAUCGACAACAGAGGGGCUUUUCUCCAAGUCGACAUCAAGAGGCACAGUCCUCUAAACAACAACAGCAAACGCACUAUCAAAACCGCCAGCCAUCUCCUAGCAACCAGGAGUCCCGAGCAACAGAUCAUCUUCGUUUGUCUAGAAAAGGAAACCAGUCAAAAGCAGACCCUUCCAAUACUUCAGAUCAAUCACUUUCUUUGCAUCAAAGAAAACUUUCAUCAUCACAGCAAACAUCAUUGGUUACUGAGGAGAGUCAGAAGAAGGGGGCGAGAUCGCCAGCAUUAUCUCCAUCAAAUCAGAAGAAGGGGGCGAGAUCACCAGCAAUGUCUCCAUCGAGCCAGAAAAAGGGGAUGAGAUCACCAGCAGUGUCUCCAUCAAAUCAGAAGAAGGGGGCGAGAUCGCCAGAAGUGUCUCCAUCAAAUCCAAGAAGACACUGCGACCACACCAGAGAAUCGGAAAUGUCACCAGAUGAGAAAAAGAACAUAAAACAACGGCUGCUGGAACAGUUUCCUCACAUGGGGGCGGACAUUGUUGAGAUGGUUUUGUAUUCUAACAAUUUCGACGAGACCUCCACAAGCUCUCUGCUAAAGAAGUGGGAGGGGACUAAGGAAGACCAGAAUAGAUCCACACAGAAGGGAGGGAAUUCCGAGAGAUCACGCGUGUCAGGAUCUUACGUUACAUCACCCUUCCCUGACGUGUCUGGUACAUCCAUCGUUGCAGAAAAUUCCGACACAUCGCCAGCUCAGGAAAGCAAUGAAUCCAGGAAGAAUGAGAACUCGCAAGGAAGGAAAGUGUCAAUGAAAACUCUCCUUGUAACAUCCCAAUAUGGGUCCCCUCUCCCCAGCUGGGUGAGUCGAUUGCCAGGGAUCAGCUGUUGUCUUCGUCCCUACAAAUCCACAACACACAGCGGACACACUACAAGACUUAUAACCCAUUCUAGAAAUCAUUCUCUGUAUCUCACCAAGCCACUCGGACCGGAUCCGACUCUGCCAAUAGGACCAGAUAAAUCCCUGCUUAGCAAAGACUUCGUACAGGCAGUCGGACCUAAUCUGGAGUACAGACAAGGACCAGAUCCUCAAAACCUCGGGGACAGGACUGUCGCAGUCGGCCCUAACCCAGAUCUGGUGCGAGGACCGGUCAGUCUGCAGCAUGGACGCUCACUCCUGGUCACUUCAGUGUAAAAUAUAACUCGGUAUAAAGUCCAGCAAAAGUGAUGAAAAACUUGACCAGUGACUGAAUUUGUACUCAGUUUGUCUGUCUGUUUCUGUGGCCAGUUAUUGUUUAAAAAUCUUAUAGAAGUGUAAUUAUGAUUUAUUUUAAAGAAAUGUUUUCCAGAAAUUUCUGAUUUGAACUUUACCAAUGAAACUUCACAUGGGAAGUCUUCAUGAGUUACUUGUUGAUAAAUAAAAAAUAAAUUGACAGUAAUUAAUGCAUGUAAAAUGCUAGGUUAAUAGUAGAUGCAUGUAUUUAGUUACUUGUUGUUGUUAAAAUAAUGAUUUUACAUUAAAUAUGUAAAGUUACUUGUUGUUGGUGAAGAUUUUACAGUAUCAAUAAAGUUACUGUGGUUGGUUAUGAUUUAACAAUAUAAAUAAAGUUACUUGUUGUUGGUGAAGAUUUUACAGUAUAUAUAAAGUUACUUGAAAUUGAUAAACAAAGUAAUACAGUGUAGUUACUAUGUCAUGUUCUUUUGAGUCCUUUUAGAAUUAAGCGUAAAUGAAUUAUUGUAGAUAGAUAAUAUUGUGGUGUUUUUAUCGUUGUAAUCUUUCAAGCCCUGCUACAUGUAGAUAUACAGUGUGUGGUGAUAUUUAUGUAUUCAAUGUUGCUGAAUGUUAUAUGCUGUCGUAACAAAAGUUUUCAAUGUCUUUUUAUAUCAGGUACGAGGUCGCUGUCGUAACACAAGUUUUCAAUGUCUUUUUACAUCAGGUGUCGCUGUUGUAACACAAGUUUUUAAUGUCCUUUUACAUCAGGUGUUGCUGUCGUAACAUUAGUUUUCAAUAUCAUUUUAUAUAACAUAUCGUUAUCGUAAUCUUUUUGUAUAAAUAUAUCGCUGUGUUAAUAUAAUGUUUCAAUAUCUUUUUGUAUCGCGUUUCGCUGUUGUAACACAAGUUUUCAAUGUGUCUUUUUAUAUCGUGUAUGUAUUAUGUAUUUGAAAUAUCUUUAGUGUGUUAGGCCAAUACAAUUUAAUUGAUAGAUUAUCAUCCCCGCCCGCCCCGAUUUUUUUAUUCUGCGAAACUUGCGAUUUCCAGAAUAUUUCCAUGUCCAACUCUGGUAUUUACACUUCUUGUUUACAUUUCCGGUAUAGCAAUGUGAAAAGCCACGUGAAGAAAAUAGAUCUAUAUGGUUUUCUUAAUUUAUCGCGUUCUUACAGGUGUAAAUCUUGACGAAGAUCGGUAUAUUUCUGUUUAAAUUAAAGCUUAACCUAGAAUUCGUCUGUGAAAAUAGCAUAGAUUGAUAUAUCCAUCUGACAUUAAAUGAUGCGCAUCUGUUGGGGGGGAAAACUCGUUUGUCUUUAAAAAAUUUCUCAGAAAAUAAAAAUUAAAAAAAUAAAAUCCUCCCACCCGCCCCAUACUUUUUGCUGACCCUGGAUGAUAUUAAUUUACUAAUUAAGUUGAAUUGGCCUUAAUUACAUGUUUUAUAAUGUGGUGUUAGAAUUAAUUUAAAGAGUAUGUGUUUAAAUCAAAGCAUGAAUUUGACGUGUAUCCUAACCAGAGAAAUUUUCAUAUUAGUUGCAGUGCAAUUAUUGGUACCACAUAAUUACCAUUAGGUCCACAGAGCUUUAUCAGAUUUAUUGAACUGAUUCUGUAAUGAUGAAAUUUCUGUAUGGCUUUGAACAAUAAAUAUGGUGGUAUUUAUUUCACUUUGACAUUUUCUGAGUGAUUACUUACAUGUUUAGACUGUGUUUAUAGUUUUAUAGUGAAUAAGUGCUCCUAAGUUAAAGUUUGUGCAUGUU